AUAACCGUGAAUGCCAUCAAUGAAAAAUAAAAAUAGAAGAAAAUGAAAAAGGAAACAGAAAAACAAAGACACACCAAACAAGAGAGAGCCACAGAGACGCACAGAAAGAGAUCUUUGGUUUCAAUAAAUUAGAAGAAGUUGAAGGUUUUGAUAAUCGGAGGGAACCAAAGUGGGGCAGAAACACACGUCGUGUUCAGGCAAAAUCCAUGUGCCCACAUGGAUGAUUGAGAGAGAGAGAGUGUGUGUGAGUGAGUAAGGGUGAGAGAGUGUUAUAUUUAGGACCUCAACAUCACCACAGGUAUAACAGCAGCAGCACCUGCAGUGGCAGCAUAAACAUACACAGUAGUAGAAGAGGAGAGACACGAGAGACCCACCAAGGAAAUUUUGUUCAAGACCAGAACUUGGUCAUAAAGUUUGCAUCUUUUGAUGAUUUUAAGUGGCACGAGGUUCAAAGUCCAUAGUGGGGUGUGGUGAAUUUUAUUUUGGAGCGGGGGAGGAAGAGAAGAGGUGAGAGAGAUGAAGAAGAGUGAGAGUGGGGGGUAUGUGAGAGCGGAUCAGAUAGAUCUGAAGAGCUUGGAUGAGCAGCUUCAGAGGCAUCUUAGUAGAGCAUGGACUAUGGAGAAGAACAAGGAGAAGGAGGAAGAGGAGGUUGAAGGAAGGUCCACAAGAAGCAGACAAGAAUGGGAGAUUGACCCCUCUAAGCUUGUCAUCAAGACUGUCAUUGCCCGUGGCACUUUUGGCACAGUUCAUCGUGGGAUUUAUGAUGGACAAGAUGUUGCAGUUAAGCUCCUUGACUGGGGAGAAGAGGGACAUCGAUCAGAUGCUGAAAUAGCUUCUUUGAGAGCGGCGUUUACUCAAGAAGUUGCCGUUUGGCACAAGCUUGACCAUCCUAAUGUAACCAAGUUUAUUGGGGCAACAAUGGGAACAUCAGAGCUACAGUUACAAACAGAAAAUGGUCAUAUAGGCAUGCCAAGUAAUGUUUGUUGUGUUGUUGUUGAAUAUUGUCCUGGAGGCGCUCUGAAGACUUAUCUUAUUAAAAACCGAAGAAGGAAGCUGGCUUUUAAAGUGGUUGUUCAACUGGCUCUUGACCUUGCAAGAGGGUUGAGCUAUCUCCACACAAAGAAGAUUGUCCACAGAGAUGUUAAAACAGAAAAUAUGCUUCUGGACAAGACACGAACCUUGAAAAUAGCUGAUUUUGGAGUGGCUCGGAUUGAGGCUUCCAAUCCUCAUGACAUGACAGGUGAAACUGGAACCCUUGGUUACAUGGCUCCUGAGGUUCUAAAUGGUAAUCCAUACAAUAGAAAGUGUGACGUGUACAGUUUCGGCAUAUGCUUAUGGGAGAUAUACUGCUGUGACAUGCCAUAUCCAGACCUUAGCUUCUCCGAAGUGACGUCAGCUGUAGUACGGCAGAAUCUGAGGCCAGAGAUUCCACGAUGUUGUCCUAGCUCUCUGGCAAAUGUGAUGAAAAGAUGCUGGGAUGCGAAUCCUGACAAGAGGCCAGAGAUGGAUGAAGUGGUGUCCAUGUUGGAAGCUAUUGACACUUCAAAGGGUGGAGGUAUGAUCCCUCUUGAUCAGCCUCAGGGUUGUUUAUGUUUUCGGAGCUAUCGAGGACCUUGAAAGAUUUUUCACUGUCGAGGAAAUCGAUUAUGGAGGGAUGAUAUACAGCAUUCUGGAAAAUCAGUUUGUAUUUUAUUUCAUUGAAGGAAUAGGGAAGAAGGAAGACUCAGGAUGGAAUGCAUACACAAAAACUGUGAAGGCCAUAGUUAAUGAUGAGCUCUGCAAUUACUUGUUACUUUGUUGGGCUAUAAUUUUUGUAAAGCUAAUUGUGCUCUCUCCUGAUUGCACCCAUUUUUAUGAUAUUUUCUAUGUAAGUUGUACACUUGACAGUAGUAGCAUGGAUUGUUCCAACACUAAUAUCAAAGUCCUGAGGGGUCAUUUGAUGUCCUUUGAGCUUACAA